AACGUCAACGUUGGGCUGUAUUUUGUCAACUUUAGCUUAAUUAUUCAGAAACGUUUGUUUCGUUAAUUCUACAGAGCGAAUGUUUGUACUGUUGGAGCUGCUGCUGUGGAAGUUGAGAUAAGUUGCUACUAAUUAGAGUCCUGUAUUGAAGACCAGAAAAAUGCCGGGAGAAUCAACGUUGAGUCCACCAGCACCACUCGACCUUGGCCGUAUGGAGGAGGAAGCAAAAGCCUCGGCAACCAAGCGAAUUGCUAGCAUUCUACAGAGACCAGAACAGUUGGAGAGGGUAGACCAGUAUAAGAGGAGAAUGACUCGUAAGAAGGCUUCAGUGGACACCAUGUUGAAGUCUGCUGUCCAAUCACAGUUAGAUGGAGUCAGGACUGGCCUGAACCAGUUACAAAGUGCUCUUCAGGAUGUUUAUGAAAUCAAACAGAGUUUGGAUGUAGUUGAAGAGACCUAUAAAUCUAUUCAGCCUCUGAAAGAUAAAUUGAGUGCUGUUAACAAAGAAAACAAUAGUUUUUGUCAGCUUGGAUCUGCCAUGGAAAAUUUGAAGCAUAUUUUCACUGUACCUGAAAGUGUUCGAAAGACAGCGGAGUUCAUCAAUGAGAGCAAGCUUUUACAGGCACAUAAACACUUGACAGACCUUGAAAUGGCACGAGAUGAUCUGAUGUUUGAGCUUCAUAAACAGCCGCAAAAGUCUCCAACAGACAACAAUACACUUACGAAAUAUUUUAAAGAUGUUGAGAAACUUUCAGAGGACCUAGGCAAACAGUUAUGGAUAAUAAUGGGCAGAGUUCUUAUUACAGUGCGUCGUGAACCUACUCUCAUUGUCACAGCACUGCGUAUUAUAGAACGAGAAGAAAAACGAGAUGAGAUUGUUAUGAAAAGAAAAGAGCAAACAGGAUUCCUUCCUGUGGGGCGGCCAAAACGCUGGAAGCAGAAAACAUUUGAAAUUCUGGAACGCACAAUUACAUACAAAAUCGAAGGAAACCAGAUGGAAGACCGAGACACCAACAAAAUGUGGCUUGUUCGACAUCUAGAGAUCACUCGUCAACUCAUGAUUGAUGACCUUCGUGUCGUCAAGACGAUGCUUCCUCCUGUGUUUCCCCCGUCAUAUGCCAUUGUUGAUAAGUAUGUAAAGAUGUACCAUGCAGGGAUUGCUAAUCAUAUCACAGACAUGAUAGCCCAGGGUUUGGAAGGUAAUGAGUAUGUCACACUUCUCAGCUGGAUCAAUGCUUACAACUCCCCAGAACUUUUGAAACAUCCCGACCUGAACAUUGACAUCAAAGAUCUAGGGCCGCUGUUGGAGCCGAAUGUUAUAGAUGACCUUCAGAACCAGUACUUGAAGAAUAUGAGAUCAAAUAUCAUGGACUGGACAAAGAAUUCCUUGGUUCAGGAUAAAAAAGACUGGUUCCGGGAAGAACAUCCAGAUGCUGAUGGGGACGGAUUCUAUUCAACUUCACUGCCCGUUAUCUUAUUCCAAAUGAUGGAACAGAAUCUCCAAGUUGCACAAAUGAUUGGUGAAGAUCUGGUGAAGAAAGUUCUCGGAUUGUUUGCAGAUGAGUUGAAUAUGUUUGCUAAGGAAUAUCAAAGUGAAAUUCAAAGCUACAAGGAAAGACAUUUGAUGGACAGAAGUGAGCCCAAGUUUUUCAUCCACUACUUGAUUGCCAAUAUCAACAACACGAUUGCCUUCUGUGACUACAUGAAGGAGCUGAGGAAGCGAUACCUGAAAGAGGAGUUUGAUGAUCGACUAGAGGAGGAAGAGGAUAACAUCAGGAAAGAUCGAUUUCAGUUACUGACAGACAGGUUCAAACAAAUCGGAAACCUUGGGUGUAAUAUACUGCUGGAUGAGGUGUGGAUUGACUUGCGAAACAGUAAAUGUAUUGACGAGCUACUCACCAAAUCUUGGUGUCAGGGGUCUCACUGUGUGGAUAUCAUCUACGCCACUUGGGCGGACUAUAGCGGAGACUUUGUUCACCUCAAGGAGCCCUUUAGUGUGGGGCUUGUUGUCGAAGCCCGACGCAGAUUGCUACGAGAGUACAUUAAAGCAAUACUCUCCAAGAAGCUACAGCUGAAGAACUAUUCCGAGCGUAAACCUGUCGCUGACAAAAUAUGUUCGGAAGCUGAUAAGUUGAAAGAGCUUUUUAAAGAAUACGGGAACUUAAAAGCAGGGGAAACAGAUUUUGGACCUCUGAAAUUGUUGGCUGAAGUGUGGAAACUCCGAGAUACCUCAAUGAUGCAACUUGAAAUAACAGGUCUGACGGUUAAACACCCUGACAUCCGUACAGAACAGCUGAUUAGUCUCCUGAUGGGGCGCGGUGAUAUGAGUCGUGUGGAAGCAAGACAGAUGGUACAGGACACAGUCGGAGAAGAUGAUCAACUAAAACCUAAACCAAAGGGAAUCUUUACUGAAGUGGCACAAAUGAGCUAACCUGGUCACGGCACCAAUAGUUUCUUUUGGACAGGGGCAAUGGGGUUAGGGUCGAAUUGUCUGGUACUGCACCAAUAGUUUCUUUUGGACAGGGGCAAUGGGGUUAGGGUCGAAUUGUCUGGUACGGCACCAGUAGUUUCUUUUGGACAGGGGCAAGGGGGUUAGAGUCGAAUUGGAUUUGUGAAAUGAUCAACAUUGUCAUCGCUAGGAUAAUAAUCCAAGUGGCAACAGAUAUAUUGAUUUUAUUGAUUACAAAAGCAAGAACAUUUUACUUUUGAUUUCAUUUAAAGUGAAAAAUACCCAAUACCCAGGGAUUAUUGAAUGGAUCAGAUCUUCUCAUCAAGUCAUAUGUCAUAUCAGAUUCCUGAUGUAGGGAUUAACUGAUCUGGUCAUUGUGCUAAAAUCAUUCCACAAUUCUGGAAAUUUAUUUUCUAUCUUGGUCAUUUGUUUAAUGAAUGUGUACAACCUGAAGAAAAGAUUACGCAAUUACUUGCUGUUUGAUUUAAUGAAUGAAUAAUGUAAUUACAGAAUUAAAGGUGAUGAUGAGUUGUGAUAAAAAUAUGUGCUUUUACAUACUGGACAGCUGUACAGAAUAAGAAUGAUCAUUCCAGAUUUAGAAAAAAAUCAGACUCUCAAUGUUGGCAGUGUAUAAAUGAAUCCUACUUUUAUGCUGAUGAGGUGAAUGGUAUUAGACUUUUUGCUGAGGGGUGAAUGGUAUCACCUUUUAUGCUGAGGGGUGAAUGGUAUCACCCUUUAUUCUGAGUGGUGAAUGGUAUUCGACUUUAUGCUGAGGGGUGAAUGGUAUCACCCUUUAUGCUGAGGGGUGAAUGGUAUCACCCUUUAUGCUGAGGGGUGAAUGGUAUCACCCUUUAUGCUGAGGGGUGAAUGGUAUCACCCUUUAUGCUGAGUGGUGAAUGGUAUUCGACUUUAUGCUGAGGGGUGAAUGGUAUCACCUUUUAUGCUGAGGGGUGAAUGGUAUCACCCUUUAUUCUGAGUGGUGAAUGGUAUUCGACUUUAUGCUGAGGGGUGAAUGGUAUCACCCUUUAUGCUGAGGGGUGAAUGGUAUCACCCUUUAUGCUGAGGGGUGAAUGGUAUCAACCUUUAUGCUUAGGGGUGAAUGGUAUCACCCUUUAUGCUGAGGGGUGAAUGGUAUCACCCUUAAGAUCCUCAAAUCGAGUUAAACUCUUGGAAAAUGUUUGGUUGUAUUAGUCAUAAACCAAUCUGAUUAAAAUACAUUGUACACUACAUUAUGAAGGUCUUGCAUUGGACUGUAAGGGGUCACAUUCAGAUGACCUUUAAACCAACAAAUCAAAACAUGCCUGGUAAAAUGUUAGCAGAGCAUGUUGCUCCUAGGCAUUUAUCAUGGCUGAUCAUUAUUAAAUAGAUAAUAACUGAUUUUCCUGAGUCUCAUCCACACCAAGAUGGCUGCAUCCAUCACAAACUGCCUUAUUAUAAACACUGUGUUUAUUGUGUGCAUCACUUGUGGCUUUCGUUUCCAUUAUCAUAAAUACCUCGGAAGGAAAUGAAGUGAUGCUUUCAUUAUUUUCAACACUGCUGCAAUUGCCCGUUUUUAACCUCCUAUUUUAACACGCUACCAAACAGGCAUACAAGAGAUGAGUUUUGUUUGCCUAAAAUAUCAAGUUGUAUUGUAAGCAUUGAGGUCAUCUGAACAUGACCCCUUACCAGCCAAUGUGAGAUCUUCAUUUUAAUCAGAUUCGGUUAUAAAAUACCAGUUCACUUCUUGUAAUAGUUACUUGUUCCGUCUGUUUUUAAUGUCACACUCACAAGAGUUAUUCCCCCUUAGAACUGUUGGUUUGAAAAAUUAAGUAUUUUGGUAAUUAUUGACACUAAUGUUAAAAGCCUUAUAGGAUUUGUAUGAUAUCACACUACUCCCUUAAGUGUGAUUGGAAAGCUGGUAAAUAAUAUCUUUACAUAGCAAAACUUGACAUUUUUAACUGAUUUUCCUGUGUUGUAUAUACAUAUAUAACAUCAAUAAAACACCAAACAACACAAAUUAUGUCAGUUUUAAUGUAGAUAAAAGUUUGUUUAUUUUCUCUCCAUCAUCAAGAUUGAAUGAGGAUAAUUUAAUAUUCCAUUAUAUCUCCCCAGUUUCUGAUUUCUGUUGUACACAAUAGGGGAAGAUUUUAUCAAUCAUUGCUUUGUUUGGUGCCAAACAGGUUAUGUGCAAUAUUUGUUUGUGAAUGUAUUGUAUGAUGAAAUACAUGGUGUAUUUUAAUUUAUAUACAGAUAUAAACAAGACAUUGUUAUGUCAAUGGAAUUUA